GGGUAAUUUCUUGAUUUUUCCAGGAAUUUGAUUGGUUAGACCUCAACUAAGGUUUGUGACUUGUCCGACUGCAUAAAUACGUGAAUCACGUCUUACAUUUCACUUGCGUGGCAACCAGAGCUGUACAGGUGAGAGGAUUCAGCAACUGGAGCAUCAAGCCUGUGAAGGUGCAAACAUGUCUUUCAAGUCAGGAAUGCACCUGAAUAUCAAAGGGGUCCCCAAAUGCAAUCCGAUUCGUUUCACGAUCGACGUGGGCCACACCGAGGAAGAGAUAGGGCUGCACUUUGACUUCCGCUUCAAAUACUUAGGGGAAGAACGCACCAUUGUCUUAAACUCCCUGGAGGGCGGCAUCUGGAAAGAAGAGCAGAGAGAAAAACACUUCCCCUUUGAGGCAGGGCAGGAGUUUGAGAUGACCAUCUCCUUCACCAGUGACAAAUUCUCCAUUAAACUCCAUGAUGGCAAAAUGAUACAUUUCCCCAACCGACUGCAUGAUGACCACUACAAGUACCUUUCAUUGGUCGGAGAUGUCAUGGUCCACAGCAUAAUAGCAAAAUAAAGACCAACUAGGAGGGGCUAGA